AUGCUGCCCGAUAGAUGGAGACUGGCGGUGCUGGCGGCCUUUGUAGGGUUGUCGCAGGCGCAGUUGGUUCAGAACGGUACUGCUAUAUGCAGCUGGGGACAGCUCAGAGCAAACAUACUCCGCGACACCGUCUACCUGGAUGGCGGCACCCUGUGGGAGGACAUAACUUUUGGAAACGGCGACAGGACAGUAGAUCAGGACGAGAAUCCGGGAUCCAUAACUCACUACCUGAAUCUAUCCUCGACAUUCAACACCAAAACCGACAACCUCACCGCGCUGUUCGGCGAGCUCGAUAAGACCGGUGGCAUGACCGGCAGCAACCUGGCCCCGAAUUACAACGACGGAGUCAUGUUUGCCAACGACGGCAUAUUCAUUCUUUACGGCGGCUAUCUUCCCCUGUCCGACAGCGCCAGCUACCCAUCACCAGACCAAGCCAUUGCGUACCGGGAGUACGAAUACGGGAUACAGACCGACGACUUCUCGCCCUCGAUCCAAUCCGUCAAGCUGACCGACGAUGUGACAUGGCACAUCACCAACGGCGCGGGCGUCACCUCGCCCAGCGAGAAUCUGGGCUUUUACAUGAGCGGCGUCCACGCGCCGGGCUGGGCCGAAACGCUGACCGAUGGGAACCUGCGAAACCUCUCUCAGCAGAUGAUCACAGUGGACAUGUCUGAGAUGCAGCGGCCAGUGUUCUCUAAUGUGUCCAUUCCCAGCUAUGUCAAGCCGCGCGCCAACGCUGAGGCUGUCUGGCUUCCCGUUGCGGACCGGGGCAUCGUCGUCCUCAUCGGCGGCGUCACUUACCCUGAGCAACUCUAUUCGAGCGGAUUAUCAGAUAGCCAGAUUGAGGAGAGCAUGAGUAAUGAUCCGGAACUCAUGCAGACUGUCGCCAUAUACGAUAUCGCUGGGGAUGAAUGGUACGUCCAAGAGACAGCGGGCGACCAUCCACCCCAGCUUCAAUCAUUCUGCUCGGUGUACGCCAGUGCCUCGGACUCCUCCUCGCACAACAUAUACAUCUACGGCGGAUAUGAGGGCGUAUCGCCGAAAAAUGACACCAUGGACGACGUUUACGUGCUCUCGCUGCCCUCCUUUGAAUGGAUAAAACUCUAUGAAGGCGACGUCCAGACCGGCCGCAAGCAGCAUAAGUGCGUUAAACCGUAUCCUGACAAGAUGCUUGUUCUGGGUGGGAGCAAGGUCGGGCCGAAGUCCUGCCUUGACCCCAUCCGCGUGUACAAUUUGAAUACGGGGCGCUUCCAGGAUACGUAUAAUCCGGAGGACUGGGAGGAGUAUAAAGUGCCUGAUUUGGUUUCUGGAAGGAUUGGGGGGAAUGCGGAUGGCGGCGCAACCAAGACUGAGCCUGAGAGCUGGACUAACAGCUCUCUGGCCGACGUCUUCGGGACAACGUACAGCAAGACGAUCGAAACAUAUUACCCCUACGAGAGCAGCGCCACCCCAACGACUACGACUGUCCCCAGCGGCGGUGGAGGCGGCUUCCCAGGCUGGGCAGGGGCCAUCAUUGGCGUCGUCCUCGGAGUGCUUUUAAUCGCAGGUGCGCUCGCCUUCUUCUUCAUCAGACGCCGCAGAAAGAGAGGCGCGCGCCGCCAGAGCGAGGUCUCUGGCAUUACCUCCCGCGUCGCGAACUGGGUGAAUGCCGGUGCAUUCGGUCCAACAUCUAAAGACCCCGAGAACUCGACUAUUGUCUCGGGAGACAUUACAAGUGGGAGCACAGCGGUGGGCCCUGAGUCGUCGAUUAUUGCUCCUCCUCCUCCUAUGUCGCAGGCUACGCAGGAGGUGGCGGGUGACCCUGUUUAUGAAAUGCAUGGUACCUCCACUCCAGGACAGCAGGCGGCGUUUGCUGUUGAGCUGCCUACUCCUUUCAACCAGGAUACGGCGAAUCCGGGCUCCCCAUCUGGAACGCUUCCUGUCGGGUUUACUUCUCCCGUCUCGCCCGAGAUACCGCAAGAGAAAGACGGCGACGAGACCUCACGGCCGGGACAUCAGCGGAACGUGUCGAGUUUAUCGAGUGCGCCAUCGUAUGACCCAGCUCUAGGCGACGAGUCGGACAGUGUCGCGCAACGGCCGCGUUAUGUGUCUGGAAUAUCGGAGGCGAGUGUCAGUUCCGCGGGAACGAGGGCUGACGGGACUGGAACAGCGUUGAGCAACAGGGGGCUUGGGCUGGAGGAUAUCCCUGAUGAGGACCACCGUGAGCGGUGA